AUGCUCGUCGAUGGUGAAAAGUGGGCUUGUGAAGCUUGCGUCCGGGGUCAUCGGGUUAGCAGCUGUCACCAUAGUGACCGCCCCUUGACUCAUAUUAACAAAAAAGGCCGUCCAGUCUCUCAAUGUACACACUGCCGCGGCCUGCGCAAGUCUCGGACAACCCACACAAAGUGUGAUUGCGGCGACAAGAAGAAGAAGGAUGACUGCCAUAUCACCGACAUCCACAACCGCUGUGGCUGUUGUCAUGGCCAGCGCUGCACCUGUGCGCUCAAAAAGGAACACCAUCUCGAUACUGUACCUGAAACCGGUCUUCCCUUCCCUCCACCGCUUCCAACUGAAACCGCGCGGAAACCUCCUCUUACGUCUACCAAGUCGGAAUCGACCCUGACGAUCUUCCGCGACGGUCACCAUAAACCCGCCCAUAAACAUAAUGAUAUGGCCCACAAAUGUGGAUUACCUUACACGAUCCCACGGUCACAUACUAUCCACCACCCUCAUGACAUACCCCGUCGAUCCGUGGACCACUUGCCGCUCGGCCAGUCGGCCUUUAUAAAGGAACCUCUUGCUCUGUCAGAACACCCGAGCUCUCAACAGCUGUCGCAGAAGGGUUCUCCCAACAGUGCCCCUGCGUCGGGCACAGAGGACGAUGUCAAUGCCGCUCCUCUGGAUCAGUCAUAUAUCGACCAAUUCGCCACACCUACUCGCCGACACUCCUCAUUAGACCGGUCCCAGGAUGGGACAGUCAAUCCAACUUCUGCCCCCUCCACUAUGGACAAAUACCCACUGGAGCAUAUCGUCACUAGUGUUCCCCCUCUUGACGUUUCCUCCUUCUCCUCCUUCCCCACCACCAGCACCAAUUCCCCGGCUACCUGCAUGGCAUUCCAAGAUCCCUACCAAGAAUGCUAUUUCACGUCUCCAGAUUCCGAUUUGCCUCUGGGAUCCGCGGGCAUUGGUGCACCCUCGGUCGACUGGUCGAGUUUCCCUCUAUACUCCGACGUGCCCGCUGCCACCAGCACACAAGCCCCCUCAUACGCUAGCUUCGAUUACAACGGGUACCCCUCUGGCCUCCCACCGCCAUCUUCCUCCGGCGAAAUCUCCGAGGCCGACGAGUUCGGACCGCUCCCGGGAUUGGGUCAUCAUGGCAAUGACAUGCACGAUCUGCACAGCGUGAGCGAAGCGUCGGACAUGGACCACCUCCGCGCCAGCUCCGCCUCAUCAUUGGUCGGCCUUCCCCAGACGCGACUCCUCUCAUCCAAUGACCUGGACUCGAUCAACAUUGACGACUUCUUGAAGUCUGCCAACGAGUCCACUGCUGCGCUCGAGCACCAGCUGCAGGCCAGUAUUGGCAUGGAGACCAAACCGGUUCCCGCGCAUGAUAUUUUCUCCAUGCCGCAGGCGCCCGAGUACAAACCAAUGACGUCUGGUCCGAUGACCAGCAUCCCCUCGCCGCCGGACUCGGUUCCCAUCUGGACGGGAGGUAUCUUCGAUGCUGGAUCCACCCCGCCCAUGGAUGACCAGUUCUUCCAACAGUCCUGGGCUCAGUAA